AUAGUUACAUUUUAUCGUGACACAUCGUCACAGCAUGAUUAUAGAUCAUAUGACACUAGCCGGUCAAUGAUCAGUCCGUUUCGUGCACUUGAAAGAAGACGACUGCAUGAACACAUGCGUGAGUAUAUUAUAUCUUUUGCCACCAUGAGAAACGGUAGGAAGGUCGCUAUUUUAAUAUUUCUCAGCAGUUUCGUGCUGCCGAGAUCAACAGUAGGCGAAAAAGCCGAGGAUUGCGUCAAAGAAAAGCAGUAUUGGAGCAAGUCUGCCUUAAAUCCAAAUGGAGCUUGUGUUCGUUGUCCACCUUAUUGGCAGAAUUGCAAUAAAGAAGCGGGCGGCGAUAAAGACCGCUGUAUCAAAUCCUGUCGUGUCAAACCAAAAACCAAACCAAAAACCAAGCCAAACAAAAUGACUUCGACAACUCCUUCAUACAACGAUAUCCGUUCAACUACUACGUCAGUGCAGUCUCAACCACAACCGACUUCGACACGAAUACUUCAUUCAACUUCUAGUACAAUCUUGGCGUUUUCUUCACAAAUAUACCGAGGAAAACCGAACGACAAAUCUGGUCACGAUAAGCCGGGAAAGAUUAUUGCGAUCGCUGUUCCUCUCACUGUCGUAUUUCUUCUGGUCUUGUUUGCAGCUUUGGUGCGGCUGAUUCAAAGCCAUCGUAAACGAGCUGAAAAGGAACGAUUGCGUCGCGUGGGCAUUGAAGAAGAUGGCAGAUCUCAGAAUGCACUACCCAUUCAAGACACUCGUUUAGAUUUAAGGCGUGGCGGAACUCAAGAAACUGAAAAAGACGACAUGCAGGAUAUAAAAUAGAUCAUCCUAGGCCUAGCUGUGAAAAACAUUUUGAUAUCGAGUCAGAGUAUUUAAAAUUUUUCCGUAGUCGGCGCAAAGCUCUGUUAGAGGGUACUAAUUCUGUCCGGAGACUUAUUGCACCCUGGUAUAUGGUGAUUGCAAAGGUUGUUGACAUGAUGAUGUCAUGAACGUGGAAAGUAUAGGCCUUUUUGAAAUGAUAUUUUUAACCUCGAAUGAUUAGAAAAAGUACACAGAAAUUGAAAUUGACAGGAGAAUAUUGACUGGAAUAUAAGAUGUGAAAAAGUGCACGAUUUUGAAGCUUUUUAAAAGUGUUUUAAGCAGGUAUAUAUGGCUGAUUUCGUAUUUCGUGUUGUUGUAGUCUUGUUAUAUUCUUGUAUUUGAGCAAAUGAAGUUAACUUCUUUUUCAUUGACCUCGCAACUUAAGAAAUAUUAACUGGUGCAAAAUGAUUCUGCGAUCUAUAGGCGAAAUUAUUCUGCAUGAAUGUAUUUCCAGUUUGUUUGUGUGAGUAUUUAUUAUAGUAGCCGACGCAAAUAUGUUGUGUAUUAACGAUUUAAUCUUGAAU